AUGCCAGUCUUUCCUCCAGUCAUCGGUAUCUCACAAUUAGCAGCACCAGCUUUAAGUACAGUCAUUUUCACCCAUGGCGUCAAUUCAUGGGCAGCAUUACCAGCAUUAUUAGAAAAGGGUAUUGAUAACACCAGUAUCAGUUUCUGGAUUUCCAAAUAUUCUGAAAUUUCAGGACGUUUAACAGUUGCUGCCUUAUUAGGUUCAAUUGGGUUUGGUAUUCGUGCUGCAACACAUUUGCCAUUUGAAAGUUUUAGUAGAUUUUACUAUUUGCUUGGUAGUAUUUCAAGUGUUGGAUAUCUAUUAUUUGUACCAUAUUUCAAGUAUAAGAUGAGAAAGAUCUCUGAAUAUAAUGAAACCAUCAACAGUGAAUCAACUGAUCCAAGAAGUGAUAUUCGUUUUGGGUUGAAAGUUCAUUUUGUUAGCAGUAUUUUUGAUAUUGCAGGUGCUUCAUUCUUUUGGUAUGGUUUGUAUAAUGCAAUCCAUUUGAGAUGA